UCGAUAGCAAAGACGCGCCACAUUUCGUCGCGAAUACUCGCCGCGAUUGCGUUGCGUAUCGAGCACUAACCUAACUGCUGGCGCUGGCGUAAUCACCGAGCUGCGAGUAGAGACAAAGAUGAGGUCGUGGCUGCUGCUGUCGGCGCUGGUGGUCCUGGCGAUGGACCAGGUGGACGCGAGGAUCCUGAGCGAGUGCGAGGCGGUGCACGAGCUCCAGCGAGCCGGAGUCUCCAGGACCUACAUAAGCACUUGGGUCUGCUUGAUGCAGAGCGAGAGCGGGAUGAACACCCAGCUGGUCACAGGUCCGAAGACAGCAUCCAGCUACAGCUUCGGCGUCUUCCAGAUCAACAGCUUGAAAUGGUGCUCCAGAGGACACUCCGGUGGGCUCUGCAACAAACGCUGCGAGGACUUCGCCAACGACGACAUACAGGACGACAUCGUCUGCGCCAGGAUGAUCAUGGAACGCGAGGGAUUCAAGUCCUGGCCUGGAUGGCAGAAGAACUGCAAGAACAAACCGCUGCCGAACAUCUCCAAAUGCAAGCGACGAUAACCAACGCGACACGUGUCGGGAAACGUGUGUUCACCGGAGACAACAGGUGCGCGACUGUUGAGCGACUCUGUCGGACGCUUUGAUUUCCUGUAUUCGAAGCGAAGAGUCCAGGAGAAUCAACGGUUGGUUUAGUUGAUUCGAAUAGAGGAAACAGAGAGGAGAA